AGCUGCUGUUUUUCAGAGCGGCAGUCAAAAUGAAGGUAGCCGCCUUCAAUGCCAAGAACCUGGGAGUGAAAAAAGUCACAGACAAGACGAUCAGCCGCUACCUCACCAAGAUCAUCUCUCAGUACAGUGUGAUAGUGAUCCUGGAGGUGGUGGAUAAGAGCGGUGAAGCCAUGAAGACGUUAAAACAAGAACUCAACAAGACCAGCUGUAACAGACAACGUCCCUACUCCAUGGUCGCCAGCGUCCAGCUGGGACGAGACACCUACAAGGAGCAGUUUGUUUGUUUCUACAGACAGGACGAGGUGACACUGACAGACUUUCACCAGUAUGAAGAUAAUCAAGCUGGAGAUGAAGACGCCUUCGCCCGAGAGCCCUUCAUCCUGCGCUUCAGCUGUCCAGCUACAGAUGUGGAGGACCUGGUCCUGAUCCCAGUCCACACCAAACCAGAGGAUUCGUUGAAGGAGCUGGACGAGCUGUAUGACGUGGUCGAUGCCGUCAGGAAGAAGUGGGGAACCGAUAACAUUAUGAUUCUUGGGGACUUUAAUGCAGAUGGACGUUAUCUCUCCAAGAAGAAGAAGGAACAGAUCCGCAUCCUCUCGGCUCCCUACCAUUGGCUGAUAGACGAUGAUGUCGACACCACGACGAGCAACAGCAACGACAACACCUACGACAGGAUCGUGGUGUACGGAGACACCAUGCUGGAAGCUGUCGUCCCCCGCUCUGCAAAGUCUUUCAACUUCCAGAGAAAGUUCAAACUGACUGAUAAAGAAACUCUCAGUAUCAGUGACCACUACCCUGUGGAGGUGGAGCUGAAGAGCAGCCAGAAACACAAAGUACCACGACAACGGACGAUGGCUGUGUCCCACAACACAAAGACGACGUCCAUUAAAGGACAAACCCAGAGGAAAGGACCACAGAAGAAGACGACUCAGUCGGAAGGACCACAGAAGAAGAAGGUUCAGCCGGUAACACCACAGAAGAAGAAGGUUCAGCCAGCAGCACCACAGAAGAAGAAGACUCAGCAACUCCUCUCCUCCUCCACUCACUCCACCCUGGGGAGGUUUAAAAGGCCACGAGACACCUGA